AUGCGCUCAGUGACACCAGUGCAAGCAGUGGAAGCAGUGGAGACAGGAAUGCGAAGCAGUUGUGGUGAUGCUGUCGUGGAGAUGUUGUGGAAAGACGGGUUGCAAGAGCUUCGUCCUCCUCCUCCUCCUCCUCCUCCUCAUCCUCGUUCUGCUUCUCCUGCCCAACCACCCCUCUGGCCUUGUCCCACACACGGAAAGGUGCGCGAGUGUGUGUGGUGCGAUGAGUGGGAGGCUGGUGACUUUGCCACUCAGCGUGCUCACUUGACUCACCAUGGUGUGGCUCUUCUUGCGGUCAUGUGUAGUGUUGGGUUGAUUCUGCGUGAUGGCUUUGGGUUUACCAACCACCAAUGCCAAGUUGGACCUCCCACAGCAACGCGUCUCUCCUCCCUUCUUUGGCAGACUCGUGGAGAAUGGUCUGUCCCUCCACCCCUGCCUCCUAUGGCAUUCCCUAAUGGCCAAACUUUCUUACGUGCCAUUUCUUCCCAUGCAUUUCUCUCCACCAUCAUUCCCCUCCUUGCCUCAACGAUGCGUGACUGGCACUUCAAGUUAGGCCAAUUGCUGUCACCACGUGGACACUCGAGUUUGAAGAGGCGAAAGGUGGGAGGCGUCGAGGACGAGAUUGAUUUGAUGCCUCGCCUUCCUAGCUCGAGGCUGUUGCACUGCAUCACCAAGUGUGAGUGCGUUUGUCUCGCCAGUUUUGCCUCCUCCUCCUCCUCCUCCUCCUCCACUCAGUGCACUGCUGUGCGAUUCAAUCGACACUCCACGCAACGCAUGAGGGUAAAGGAGACUGGUGACGGUGAGGCGGGGAGUAGCCGUGCGUUGGAGAAGAAGAGGAAGAAGUGGCAGUGGGCGUCAUUGACACAAGCAUCGGUGACGAGUGGUGUUGGAGUGGUUGAAAGUAGAGGAGAAUGA